AUGGGAGAUCUACCUCCAGACAGAGUUACCCCAACGUUGCCCUUUCUUAACACUGGAGUAGAUCUCUGUGGACCAUUUCUAUAUCGUAGCAGCAAAAGAGCGACUGCUAUAAAGUGCUACGUAGCAAUCUUCGUGUGCUUUGUCACAAAGGCAGUUCAUAUAGAGCUUGUCUACGACCUCUCCACUGCGUCGUUCAUAGCAGCAUUGCAUCGGUUCAUCGCUCGCAGAGGGAAGCCAAAUCAAAUAGAGUGCGACAACGCCAAAAACUUCGUGGGAACUUCAAGAGAACUGGGAGAGCUCGCCAAGCAGUUCCGUUCACAGCAGCAUCAAGAUGAAGUAAUCAACCGCUGUGCAGAUAACGGAAUAUCCUUCAAAUUCAUCCCGCCACGCAGCCCAAACUUCGGUGGCCUUUGGGAGGCGGCGGUUAAAUCGUUCAAACAGCACUUCCGUCGUACCGUUGGAAACUCUGUACUAUCACAGGAUGAGUUUGUGACACUUCUGGCCCGCAUCGAAGCUUGUUUAAACUCAAGGCCGCUCACACCACUCACAGCUGAUCCAAAUGAUCUGGAGGUAUUAACACCGGGUCACUUUCUCGUAUUUCGUCCACUGACAUGCUUUCCCGAACCUGACCUCUCCGGUGUCCCGCAAGGCCGACUUAGCCGUUGGCAAGAAAAUCAGCAACUCCUUCGGCGACUCUGGAAGCAGUGGACAAAGGACUAUCUUUCUGGACUCCACCCCCGAACCAAGUGGACGCGCAUCAGAGAUAACAUUUCCAUCGGCACGAUGGUUCUUCUAAAGGAGGAUAACCUCCCGCCUCUAAAAUGGAAGUACGGUAGAAUCACCAACAUCAUUCGUGGAGACGAUGACAACAUCCGCGUAGUCGACGUACGGACAGUAGAUGGAGAAUAUCGGCGUGCAAUCUCGAAAAUAUGCGUCCUUCCUACUCGUCAACCCACAACCGAGUCAGCUGGCGCUGCCAGUAUCAACCCAGAUGACCUCUAA